AUGAGUUCCGCAUCCGGCUACAAGCAUUCCGAACCGUCGGAAGACUCCAGCGACGAAAGCUCGCGACCACCUUCACAAUCAACCUCACGACCAACUUCUCGCCGCCAGUCGCCUACAUCCCAGACACCGCGCAAGCGACGUCGCCUAGAGUCCAUCGAUCCUGCCCGUGUACGCAAAUAUUACCUGGAAGGAAAGUACAACGACGGCUACCGCGUGCUCUUUAACGAGGACGUGAGUCGAGCUGCUGCGCGCUUCGAGACAGAUGUCGAAAGCUUCCAGUACUACAACAGGCAGAUUGGGUCAUCAAAUUGGUCAGUAAGAGAGCAGGCCAUCUUCUUCGCCGCUCUGGAGCGAUUAGGAAGGGACAACAUCCCCGGCAUAGCAGGAGCCAUCGGCACCAAGAGCAUACCGGAGACGCAGGAGCUACUGCUACUGCUUCACGAUGCUGCCACUAAGCAGGGCGAUGUCAAGGUGACACUUCGCGACGUCCCUGCUGCCAUCGACGUGGGCGACGAAUGCAACGAGCAGCUGGAUGUUGCAGGUGAAGCCCUGGCCUGGUUUCAGGAGGUCUUCGAGGCCAGCCAGGAACGAGACAAGUUCGGCGACUACUGGCUGAUCACGCCUGCUGUGGCUGACAGGAUCGAGAGCGCACUCGAUACUAGACGUCUACGAGCGACAACAUCGCCGCUUGCAAGCGAGCCAGAGCCAGAGCCUUCUCAAAGAGGUGGCAGAGUAAUCGUAGGGGCAUGUACUUCAUGUAAGAAGUUUAAGCAAAAGUGCGAUCGAGCAACGCCGUGUGCCAACUGCGUGCGACGGAAUACGGGCGAAUGCACAUAUCCAGAGCAGUCUAUAAGAUCCGAAACGGGCGACCAACCGGACAAGAAAUCGAUCAAACCUAAGCGCAAGGCUGAUAUUCUCGAAGACAUACCUGAAGCCGGUCUACUACAGCCACAGGUUAUGCUCACCCUCUCCAAGACACUCUUUAUGAACCGCUCGCCAACAAUACCAUCGCCCUGGCCACAUUGGUCCGAAUACACCUCGGAGUUUGCUCGAGAACCAAGCAUCUAUCGUAGCGCCUUCAGCGAUCUCCAUACCCUGGUUGUCUCCGUCACCAAGCGCCUCGUACAGACGGCUAUCAUACAAGCGACUUCACGACUUCGAGCACAAAGGCAACGAAUGAAAGGUGGUAUCCCUCUAAUAAAGAGGAGAGAUGUCCUGACUGCUAUCGAUGUUGUGGGUAUGCCACGGAAUAGUCAAGAGAGAUGGCGAGGAGUAGCCAGACGAUGUGCGUUGAGAGUAUACGAAGGUAAAUGGUCCCGUUACUGGCGUAAUAAAACCAGACGAGAGGUGCCGUGGGAUGAGGUUGAGCGAAUAAUGGCCUCAGUCGAGCCGUCGGUAGAGCCACCGACGACAGACGCAGAGACAUCCGGCAACGAUACUGUUGGAUUUAGUGCAAGAGCCAAGCGGAGCGGAACGCCACUUCCCAUGGAUCAGCUUGCGCUGUCAGAUUCCGACGACGACUCACUUCUCGAAAAUAGCGCGCCUCCUUCCCGAAGCGCCUCCCAAUCCAGAGAUAAUGUAGACCAACUUGCAAACCCGCACCCUACCACGGAGCCUGAGAAACUUGAGCCUCGCAAAUUGACUUUAGGGGGGUUUGAUCGAGAGACAAGUCGAAGGGAAGAGCAAGACCUCUGGGACAUGCUUGGUCUUGAGCCGCUCGUUAAAACUGAAGAAACGAAUAUCGGUGGAAAUAGCGACGAAGAUGACCCCGACGAAGGCGAGAAGAUCAGAACGCUUCCCCAUGGUUGGCGCUCCUGGACAAGUUGUCGUGCCGAAUGGGAAGAAUUUGACACACCUCCACCUGAAUUUGCCUUUCUUGCAAACCAGAAGCCUCUCGACGUGCCACCUAUCUUACAAGGAGACACUUCAGACACCGCAGAGUCUAGCUCCGACGAUGACACUGAUGCGUCAACGGAAAGGCCGAAGCAUCGGAGCAAGCCGUCAAUACAGCAAACGAUUGAGUUGCAAACUCGCGGCACCCACGCUUAUGCUGCUUUGCAAGGACGAAGCUCAGAGCCCGUUAGGUCCACGAGCCAAACAGACUCUCCAAACGAUGAUACUAGCGAUGGCAACGUGGGAGACCAUAAGCUGCCUCGAACGCCUAUCGAAUUUACGAGGAAAGAACCAUCUACCUCAGGAUCGAGCCGCGAUUCAAAUGACAGCAGUUACUUCAAAUCGAAAAGGCUGACCCAGUCUAAUGGACCUAAUAGUAAACCAGUUUCCAUCGCAUCAUCGAGCGAUGAAAGCAGCGACGUGGAAAUGGAGCAGCCUGUACAGUCCGUUGAGACCCGGAAUGAUCCGUUGCAUGUGGUGCUCUCAUACGACGAGCCGAAAGAAAUGGACUGGGAAUCAUUCAUCGACUAG